CCCACCCCGCAGAGCCGCCGCCGGGGAGCCCAGUUGCCGAGGAACUUUUCGCGGGCGCCGAGCCCCACUGAGGCCAGGGCGUGACGCGAACUCGCGGAGCGCCGGCGGGCCGAGCGGGCCGCCGGGAGGAGGCGACUGCGCCAUGGACGAGCCACACUUCAGCGAAGCGGCCUUGGAGCAGGCGCUGGCUGAGCCGAGCGAGCUGGACGCGGCGCUGCUGACCGACAUCGAAGCACAAAAAUCGCCAAGGAAACCCACAAACGGAUAUUUAGUUACACCUUGUGGUCGAGCCGGGGCAGGGCGACAGCUUCCGGUAGAGCGGUGGGGUGAGACCUGAAAGUCAGCCCCAGGACCCGCCGGGAAGGAUGUCUUCGCCGCAGAGGGCACGGCGAGGAGUUGGAGAUUCACAGGUGAGGCUGGGCAGGUUGGCAGACCGAGGACCCUUGUCGGCAGGGAAAGGAGGGAGCAGCUGCGCCGGCUCGCUUACACCUGUGGAAGCACCGCUCUGAUUGUUCUACAGAGAAGGGGUUGGGGGAGACGCUGAAGCAGGGGCCAGUUAGGAGGCUGUUGCCCACUGUGCAGACAGCAAAUCCCAGCCGCCCUGAGUUGCCUCCGAGGUUGCUGUGUUGCACUUGGCUGAUGGGGAAACAGGCCAAGAGCACAGGACCCAAACCUCCCACAACCUGGAUAGACACGUCCAUGGUGCCUGUGGCCACUCUGGGGUUAGCAAAACGGACACCCACUCCUGCCUUACUGCAGCCUUGCAGAUGAACCCAGCUGGCAGGGCCCAAGAGUCGCCAGGUCCCCUGAGAGGAACGAGGGUUGAGAGGAGGGCCAGGCAGCCCUCGAGUCCAGGAUGGGGAGCUGGACUGGAUCCCAGAGGCAGUGGGGAGUCUUGGGGGAGGGGUUGGGGCAGGGCAAUGCCAUGCUUGGGUUCUGUGCGGGAAGUUCCCUCUAGCUGUUGGAGUGGAUGAUCACAGAACGAGUAGAGAAGACUCAUUCAGCACUUACUGUAUGCCAGGCACUGUGCUGACCACUGAGUCCUCCCAACAGCCCCAAUGAGGGCCUUGAGGCACAGAGAGGUUAAGUGACUUGUCCCAGGUCACACAGCCAGAGCAUGGCAGAGCCAGAAUUCAAACCCAAGCUGUGGGCUCCAGAGCCCAAGCUCUUAACCGCUGGGCUCCUAAAAGUGUGUGCAUGUGUGUGGGGGGGUGGGCAAUAGAGCAGGGGACCCAGGAGGCUACUCCACAUGGAGGUAUGCUGGGGGUCGGGGAGGGGUCAUAGGUCACACAGCCACCUCCCCAUCCCAGGCGAGAGCCUUUGACUCAUGAGACUGAGGACCGGCCUUGCGCCCCGCCCAGCCGGGCAUCUGCCUCGACCAGACUCUGUCGUGUGACCAGCUCUUGGCGUGGCGCUCUCACCAGGAGUCUCAGGUUCUGUGCCGAAGGCACUGCCCCCGCCACAGUGCGCCGUGGCUCCUGGUGAGUCAGUCUGCUCCCGGCCUCCUCUUGUGGUUCUUGCUUUGGGGUCCUUUGUGGCCGUGGGCAGAGGGCACGUGAGAGCUGUCCCGCGCGAGCGUUGGGAUCGUUGUGGGUUCCGGGGCAGUCCUCACCUCCCUGCUGGUUAAUUCACCAGGCCUGGAACGUGUGCUUAGUGCAGAAGAGGCAGUGGAGAUGACUGCUUGUCGGGGCCCGCGCAUCUCCCGCGGGUGCGCCUGGGGCUCCCGCGCACAGCCUGUAGUCAUCUCUGGCUGGGCUCCCCAAGUUCACUCUGUCUUCGCACCCCAGGUGUCUGCCUUACGGCAUCUUGCCCACCACUCCGCCCAGUACCUGAAUCAACUGCAUGGGCCAGGCCUCCUGGGGUCCAGGCCAGCCUGGUGGAGAGGACACACGGGGGCCACCCUGCCCCCAGGCCUCUCCCCACGGUCUCUCAUGCCCAGUUGUCUGCCUGGCCCCACCAAGCACGGGCCCUCCUUAGGAAACAAGCUCACGGUGGCUUACAGCCCAGCUCCUGGCCCCGGCGCGCACCUCCUCAGCUCCCUAACAACCAUGGCUCCCCAGUGCCCCGAGCUAAGUCCCCUUGUCCCAGCAUGGCGUUCGAGACCUGUACGGUGGGCCAAGCCUGCCCUCCGUGAUGAUUCCCGUCCCUCCAGGUCCCACCCCUCAGGCCCCCACGCCGCUGCCAUGUUCUGCCCCCGUGCGGUGCCCCCGCCUCGUCCCCACGGCAGAGCCUGGGAGAGGCCUCUUCCACCAGACACGACCCGCUCUCCAUCCCUCUUCCUGCCUUUGGUACCCGGCCUGGUGACCGGAAGCAGAAGGCACCCCCCAGCGUGGCCAUCUGCUGCCCUCUCGGCUGCAGCGGCUCCCCUGGAAAGCAGGGGGUGAGGCUGUAGAUGGGGGUGGUUCCAGCCCUCGUGCCUCUGAGGGGCACGGAGAGGAGCGUGCCGGGAGCUCCCUCUUUCCCGUUGGUCACUGGACACAAACAUCCUGAGUGACCUGGUCAGCCCCAGGCAGGGGCCUGGGAUCUGAACUUUGCCCAGCUGAUAAGCACAGGCCAGGUGAGAAUGACUGCGCCGGCCAGAGGGAGCGUCUCUGUCCUUGUGUCUUGCCAGCCGCAGGCCCUGUGGAUGUGCCCUUUGACCCCGGGACCUGAGUGGGGCUGCCCAUCUGCACGUGUUGGGAGAGGGGAGGGCCUCAGAAAUGCCAUGGUCACCUCUUCACCCAGUGUGUAGACAAGGAGCAGACGCCUCCACUGCCCCCCAGCUGCCCAGCCUGUACGGCAGCCGAGGGGGUUAGCAGCAGCAGGAAGGCCAGGCCCUGCGGUGCUUGCUUCCCAGGCCAAGCACCUGUUGGAGACCAUUUCUAGCUGGCGGAGGAGGGCCAGAGCACAGCAGGUGUUUCCGAGUCUCCAGCCAUAGUUGAUGCUUUGCUGGGCAGAGCACCUCCAGGCAGCCUUGGGGAUGCAAACUGAAGCACUUGGGAGAUUCCAGUCACACAGUUGUGGGGACUAAGGAAAGCGACCAAAAGUAGGUAAAACGACAAAGCCCAGUGCUGGGGCUGCUCCGAGGAAAUGGGAAGCAUCACAGGGGAGAGUGCAGACGGGUUAUCCUUCCAGAAAGCAGCCUGGCAGCUCUGAAGCAGCACGCUGCCUUUGAAACAACACACCCACUGCAGGUUUAAAACAGCUGCAGUGAAGCUACCGCGAAGGGGGAAAUAUAAUUAAUGUAAAGGAGUGGAUAGCACUAUUUAGACUGGAACGUUGUUCAGCAGGACGGGACCGCCUCCUGCAUUGCCGCUGCGUCAGGCCCAUGGGUUGUUUCCCAGCUGCUGGAAGGAGCCUCUACCCCAGGACAGGAUGUUGGAAUUGGUGCUGGCCAAUCUGUCCAGUGGCCGUGCUCAGGGUCACUUGGUCCAUGUAACUGGGAGCGGCAUGUGGAGCGGCACUGAUGAGAGAAGAGUGCGAGGUGGUGACCUCAGAGCAGGUUUUGAGAGGAGGAGGAGUUUGCAGGUGGACACAGGAUAGUGGGAAGGGCCUUUGGGGCAGAGGGAACGGGCUGGGCCAGCGCACAGCCUUCUGAAAGCAGACAAGGAGAGUGAGGCUCACCGGACUCAGACAGCCAGGGACCAGCAGGGGUGGGGCUGGCAGUGCACACGCCCCUCGAUCUGGUCUCCUCUGGCUCAGCCCCGUGCUGAGUGAUUGCGUGUCCCAGCUGGCUCAGGCCUUGACCCCGCCCUAGGGGCUCCUCUAAGGGCAGUUAGGAAGGCCUCGCAGCGGAGGUGGUGCUGGGGCUCCUCCUUGCACCUUCGCGCUGCCUCGCCUCCGUGUCCCACGCGGCACACACGUCCUGACCUGGGGUGAGUGGUGGCAGCGAGGUGGGACAGAGCCAGGCUGGCCCUGGGGCUCACACCUGCCCCUGGCAGGCUGGGCUAAGGGCUGUGGGCUUGGGGGUUGGCAGGCCUGGGUUUGCGUCCCAGAUUGUCCACUUGGCAGCCAGGGGACCUGGGGCCUGUGGCUUCCCUCUGAGCCUUAGUGACCUCGUCCGUCUAGAGGGCUCACGCCCAGCUUCCCCUGGGGCUCCAGCCCCGGGCCCGUCCCACUCCAGGAAGAGCCGGCACCCACUUGCACCCCCGGGCAGCCCUGCGCACACAAAGGGCAGCCUGUGCCCCUGCUGCACACUCACCGGCUGUGGACAUGUGAGCCUGCCAACCGGGCUCCUCAGAGAGCAGCAGGGUGGGUGGCAGGCAGGGUGCAGCCCCCCUCCCCACCACUGCCCUGCGCCCUCCAUCGAGCAGGCGGAGCUGGGACGGGGCUGCUGCUUUGCACCGUUUGCCAUUCUUCACAGCUGUGCAGACUUUGUGACCUGCUUGCAAAUCCCUUUCCUGCCUGUUCCCUAAGAAACGGUUCUCCUUGGCUCAGGUGAGAGACGAACAUGGGUUGGAACUCCAGCUCUUGACUGUCUCCCUGACCCCCACCCCCUUGACUCCCUCUGCUCCAGCCACACCGGCCUCCUCGCUGUCUUGCUGUCACCUCCUCAGAGAGGCCUGCCCUGACCGCCUCCGUGUGUUCAUGGUGCUCAUCACCACCCAUACCCCUGUUCCUCCCUGGAUUUGCAGACCGUUGGUUACAGAUGGAACAGAAGCUCCACGAGGGACGUCUUCGUGCUGUGUUCCAGCACCCUAGUGCCUGGUACACUUAGUAGACACUUAGGAAAGGGCAGUAGGUAUUGCCACAGAAGCAGAUCUGGGCUUCGUGGGCCAGGCUGUGUAGGGGAGGUGGUGAGCUCCCUGUCCCAGGAAGCGUGCAAGCAGGGUUUUUUCAGGGUGCAAGGCCUCGUGCAGUUUGGAUGGGCCGGAGGCUCCCGUGACGGUCAGAGCUGGGCUCCUGUAGGUUCGUGGUGCAGGGCCCCUCCAGGAUUUGCAUCAUGGCCUCACCGAAUAAACACGCAGGAGAAUAAAAGGCUGCCCCACAUCUGCCUCCAGAGGGAGGUUUGAAGGCAAGCCAGGGAGGGGGGAGGAGGUUUCAGGUUUCCUGUUGGGUCCUGAUCGGAUCAGGGCAGGCUAGGAGGAAGGAGAGCAAAAGGAGCCAGGCUUGGGGGCCGGCAGGUGGGCCCACUGAGGCCGAGCCCGAGCCUCCGGUCUCCCGAUGUGCAGUGUGCAGACAGUGCAUGCAGAAGCCACGUGGGCCUUGAGUCUUCCCUCAUGCGGGAAGCCCAGUGCUCAGCUCACCCAAGGAGGGGCCAGCCUUUCAGACCCGCUGCGGGGGCGCUUUCUUAAACUUCCUUAAAUUGUGCACGCUGGGGACCUCUCUUGCCUCCUGGAAUCCCCUACUCCGAGGCUAGGAGUGAAGGCUCAGAGAAGGGGAGUGAGAAGGGAGAAGGGCAGAAGGAUGGGUCAGGAGCUGGGAGGACUGGACCCCUCGGGGCGGUCGGCCCUGGCCCUGGCCCUUCGGAGUCGCAGGCGAGUGUCUGCGUGUGGGCCUUGGAAUUCAGGCCUCGGUGUCUUCCAGUCUCAAGGUACUGAGGUGAGGGAGGAGCCUUCCCAACAGCAGUGUCUUGUUUGUUUUUUGGGGGUGAGGGAGGGUGUGAGAGCCACCGGCUGAGGAGAGACGGAGCUGAGGAUGCUAGAGAAUUCUGUUGCCCUUGGCACCCCCUGCAAGGCCAUGGAAGGACCCGGACAAAGGAGGAUGGGGGGGCGUUACCUCGGCUAGCCUCCUGGAGAGGGAGGGCCAUCCGGGCCGGGGGUUCUCCAGUACCCCAACACCCUCGGAGGCUGCAGGAGACCAGGAGAGGGUACCGGGGUGGGCCUGGCCACAGUUGGGAGGCUGGCCUGAGCCCGGGGUCUGCUUGGCCACAAAAGCCGGAGCUGGCAACCUGGGCUGCUGGCCAGGCUAUGUUCAUGUGUGUGUGUGGAACUCUGACCUUACCCAGAAGGGGAGAUAGGCCCAGGUACCCCUCCAAAGACCCCCAGAGCCUGUCACCCUACGACUUCCUCACCUUCUGUCCCAGGGAUUGGGCUGCCUCUUGGACUCCCCGGCCCAACAGUGAAUAAGUGAGUGAAUCAGGCUUCACCCAGAGACUGCUAGUCGGGUGGGGGAGGGGGUGAGACCUUCACCGACCCCCAUCCCAGACCCAGGCCUCUCUGCAAAGGGAUGUCUGUGUGGGGCGUCAGCUCUGGUUGUUACUGGCUGGGCACUUUGGGGUAGGGGUUUCCCUUCCUCAGUUUCCCAACAGUGACCUGUUGUCAGGGGUCCAUGCGGUUGGGUGCGGCAGAGGCUUGGAUGCGGAGUUGGGGCACCCCUGGCCGGCCCCACGCCCGCUCCGCCGCGCUCUCGGAGGUGGUGGGAGCAGGGGACGUGAUUGCCAGUAACCCCUGCGGACGUCGGCGCCGAGCGGGUUGAGGGACGGCGUCCGCGAGUAACCCCGGCCCCAUCCGGCCCUGCGGGGCUCAAACCGAGCCGCGCGCCGCGGGGGUGGGGCGGGGCCCCAGGAGGCGGUGGCGCGGCCGCUGAUUGGCCGCGCGCGCUCACCCCAUGCCCGGGCCGCGGCCCCGGGAGGGCGUGGCCAUUCGGUGGGGCGUGGCCAUUCGGCGGGGGCGGAGCCAGCGGGGGCGGGACCGGCGGCGCGCUCGGCAGCUUUAAAGCGCGGCCGGCCACGCAGGUGAAGUCAGCGCGCGGACACCGGCAGGCCAGCCGCCUGGACCCCCCGAAGGGCGGCGGGCGCAGGCCGCGGAGCCAUGGACUGCACGUUCGAAGACAUGCUUCAGCUCAUCAACAACCAAGACAGCGACUUCCCGGGCCUGUUCGACCCGCCCUACGCUGGGGGCGGAGCAGGGGGCACAGAGCCUGCCAGUCCAUAUGCCAGCACCCCAGGCAGCCUGUCCCCACCUCCUUCCACGAUGAGCUCCCCACUCGAAGGCUUCCUGGGGGGGACCAAGGCGACAACCCCACCCUUGUCCCCUCCCCAGCCUGCACCCACCCCCCUGAAGAUGUACCCUUCCGUGCCUGCCUUCUCCGCGGGGCCUGCUAUCAAAGAGGAACCAGCACCCCAGACCACCCUCCAGCCGCUGCCGGGGGCCCUCCUGCCCCAGCGGCUUCCGGCCCCAGCCCCACCGCAGUUCAGCUCUGCCCCUGUGUUGGGCUAUCCCAGCCCUCCUGGAGGCUUCUCCACAGGGACCCCCCCGGGGAGCACUGCGCAGUCGCUGCCUGGCCUGCCACUGGCUGCCCUUCCAGGGGUCCCGCCCGUCUCCUUGCACAACCAGGUCCAGAGUGCGGCUCCCCAGCAGCUGUUGACGGCCACAGCCACCCCGACGGUGGCCCCUGGAACAACCACUGUGACCUCACAGGUCCAGCAGGUCCCGGUCCUGCUGCAGCCCCACUUCAUCAAGGCAGACUCGCUGCUCCUGACGACUGUGAAAACAGACGUGGGAGCCCCCAUGAAGGCGGCAGGCAUCAGCUCCCUGGCCCCUGGCAUGGCUGUGCAGGCAGCGCCCUUGCAGACCCUGGUGAGUGGCGGAACCAUCCUGGCGACUGUGCCGCUGGUAGUGGAUGCUGACAAGCUGCCCAUCAACCGGCUGGCAGCUGGCGGCAAGGCCCCGGGCUCGGCCCAGAGCCGAGGUGAGAAGCGUACGGCCCACAAUGCCAUUGAGAAACGCUACCGCUCUUCCAUCAAUGACAAGAUCGUCGAGCUCAAGGACCUGGUGGUGGGCACAGAGGCCAAGCUGAAUAAAUCUGCUGUCUUGCGCAAGGCCAUCGACUACAUCCGCUUCCUUCAGCAGGGCAACCAGAGACUCAAGCAGGAGAACCUGAAUCUGCGCACCGCUGCCCACAAAAGCAAAUCUCUGAAGGACCUGGUGUCAGCCUGCAGCAGUGGAGGCCACACAGACGUGCCCAUGGAGGGCGAGAAGCCAGAGGUGGUGGACACCCUGAGCCCGCCACCCUCGGACGCCGGCUCGCCCUUCCAGAGCAGCCCACUGUCCCUUGGCAGCAGGGGCAGUAGCAGUGGUGGCAGUGGCAGUGACUCGGAGCCUGACAGCCCAGUCUUUGAGGACAGCCAGGUGAAGCCAGAGCAGCUGCCGCCCCCCCACAGCCGGGGCAUGCUGGACCGCUCCCGCCUGGCCCUGUGUGUGCUUGUCUUCUUCUGUGUCUCCUGCAACCCCUUGGCCUCCCUGCUGGGCAGCCGGGUUCCCGCUGGCCCCUCCGAUGCCACCAGUGUCUACCACGGUCCUGGGCGCAGCAUGCUGGGUGCUGAGGGCAGAGAUGGCCUUGGCUGGGCCCCGUGGCUGCUGCCCCCACUGGUCUGGCUGAUGAACGGGCUGCUGGUGCUGUCCUCCUUGGCGCUGCUCUUUGUCUACGGAGAGCCGGUCACGCGGCCCCACUCGGGCCCCGCCGUGCACUUCUGGAGGCAUCGCAAGCAGGCCGACCUGGACCUGGCCCGGGGGGACUUCGCCCAGGCUGCCCAGCAGCUGUGGCUGGCCCUGCGGGCCCUGGGCCGACCCCUGCCCACCUCCCACCUGGACCUGGCCUGCAGCCUGCUCUGGGGCCUCAUCCGCCACCUGCUGCAGCAUCUCUGGGUGGGCCGCUGGCUGGCAGGCCGGGCGGGGGGCCUGCGGAGGGAUGGUGCCCUGCAGGUGGACGCCCGCACCAGUGCCCGCGACGCGGCCCUCACCUACCACAAGCUGCACCAGCUGCACACCAUGGGGAAGUACUCGGGCGGGCACCUGGCUGCCGCCAACCUGGCACUGAGUGCCCUGAACCUGGCCGAGUGCGCGGGGGAGGCCAUGUCCGUGGCCACGCUGGCUGAGAUCUAUGUGGCCACCGCGCUCAGGGUCAAGACCAGUCUCCCCCGGGCCUUGCAUUUCCUGACACGCUUCUUCCUGAGCAGCGCCCGCCAGGCCUCCCUGGCACAGAGCGGCUCAGUGCCUCUUGCCAUGCAGUGGCUCUGCCACCCUGCGGGCCACCGUUUCUUCGUGGAUGGUGACUGGGCCGUGUGCAGCGCUCUGCGGCACAGCCUGUACAGCGUGGCCGGGGACCCAGUGGACCCCCUGGCCCACGUGGCUCAGCUGUUCCGUGAACAUCUCUUGGAGCGAGCACUGCAUUGCCUGGCCCAGCCCAGCCCCGGCCCCGGAUCAGCCGAUGGGGACAGGGAAUUCUCCGAUGCCCUCGGGUACCUGCAGCUGCUGAACAGCUGUUCUGACGUGGCCGGGGCUCCUGCCUGCAGCUUUUCCAUCGGCUCCGGCAUGGCUGCCACCGCUGGCACAGACCCGGUGGCCAAGUGGUGGGCCUCGCUGACGGCUGUGGUGACCCACUGGCUCCGGCGGGAUGAGGCGGCGGCCGAGCGGCUGUAUCCCCUGGUGGAGCACCUGCCCCGCGCCCUGCAGGAGUCCGAGAGACCCCUGCCCAGGGCGGCUCUACACACCUUCAAGGCUGCCCGGGCCCUGCUGGGCCGUGGGAAGGCAGAGUCUGGCCCGGCCAGCCUGGCCAUGUGUGAGAAGGCCAGUGGGUACCUUCAGGACAGCCUGGCCGUUACACCAGCCGGCAGCUCCAUUGACAAGGUCAUGCAGCUGCUCUUGUGUGACCUGCUCCUUGGGGCGCGCACCAGCCUGUGGCAGCGGCAGAAGCCGCCGGCACCCUCCCAGGCCUCACCGGGCCCGGGCAGUGGGGCCCAGGCCUCUGCCCUCGAGCUCCGUGGCUUCCAGAGGGACCUGAGUGGUCUGAGGCGUCUGGCACAGAGUUUCCGGCCUGCCAUGCGGAGGGUGUUCCUGCAUGAAGCCACUGCCCGGCUGAUGGCAGGGGCCAGCCCGGCGCGGACACACCAGCUCCUGGACCGCAGCCUGAGGAGGAGGGCCGGGCCCUGCGGCAAGGGAGGCACGGCGGCGGAGCUGGAGCCGCGGCCCACGAGGCGGGAGCAUGCGGAGGCGUUGCUCCUGGCUUCCUGCUACCUGCCGCCCGGCUUCCUGUCGGCGCCUGGGCAGCGAGUGGGCAUGCUGGCCGAGGCGGCACGCACGCUCGAGAAGCUCGGUGACCGCCGGCUGCUGCAUGACUGCCAGCAGAUGCUCAUGCGCCUGGGCGGCGGGACCACCGUAACCUCCAGCUAGACCCCCGCUGGCGGCCCAGCCCCAGCGCCCCUGUUUCUGUCUCGACGGCCGAGGGCAGCGCCGGAGACCCGGGGUCCGAGGCUCGCCCACGGAGUGCACUGUCCCUGGAGGGCUGGAGACCCUCGGGGACUUCCGCACUUGACCUUAGGGCCUCCCCAGCCCGCUCCAGCCCUCGAUGAGCGGCGGCCGGGAUGGUGCUGGCCCCUGGUGGCCGGCCGGGGGAUUGCCGGGGCCUGGCCGCCGCCGGGGGUCAACUGUUACGCGCGCCGCCGCCGAUCCUGGGCUUUCCCUCUCCGUCCAGAGGGAAGAGGGGUGCGUCUCACUGAGCCGAAGGGCCCUGCCCCCGGCGCCUCCCUCCCAUCUGGGGAGACCUGUGCAUAGUGUAGAUCGUGGUGCGCCAGCCUCCUGGCCUCUGAGGUUCCAAGUGUUACUUUGCCUUUUGCAAACUUUAUUUUCAUAGGUUGAGAAGUUUUAUACAGAGAAUAAAAAAUGAACUUAUUUAUAAUCUGGGUUUUGCUCCUUUGGGGAGGGGUGUGUGUGCUAACCAGAGGGGAUCCUUUGGGCCAUCCGUCCCCCCAGCACCCAGGCAAAUGCUUCCCAUCCCUACCUGCCCUUCGGUUUGGGAGGCCCGGCUUUAUUCCCUCCAGCUGACUUGGGUCCCACUGAUCACGGGGCCGCACGUUUGGGCUAUAUCAUCUCCUAACCCUUAGGGUCCGUAUGGUCUCAGCUGUGCCUCCUUGCCUCCUCUCCCAGCUUCUGCCCC